GAAACAUCAGUAGGAGAUAGCGUGGAAGAGAAAAUGAGGAAUGUGUCGUUUAGUUCUUCGGAUUUCGAACUCUUUGACCCAGAUAUCACACCUCAAGACUAUGAAUUCUACCAGAAGCACAAGGACGCAUUGAAGAGUUUACUGGAAGACCAGGUAUUGAAAUGAUCCGUGAAAAUAAUGAUAUCAUUACCAUCGAAACUACCUCGAAUCGAAAUCGGUGUUCGAUCAUAUGAAUUCGUGUUUUUCCAUUUCUACCAAGUUUAAUCGUUCUCUAGUACUUUUAGGACAGUGGGUUCAUUUUUCAAUCUAAUUUACCGAUAUUUGAAAUCGUUCUGACGAACAAUAACUGUGUUACUCUUCUCUUCAUUCUUCAACCCUCUUCCCCACACGAAAAACAGUGUAAGUCCAAAACUAGUAUACAAGCUUACCUCAAGAACAAAACAGCUGAACUAUCAGCUUUCGUGUACAUGACGUAACGCGAUCAGUGUAAGAGACAAAUUUUAACAUAAUUCGUUAACUAAUAUUUUGAUGAAAAUCAGCUCGAGUCAUAAUUGCCCCUGAGAGUUUUGUCAAAUGUUUCUAUCCUAGUUGCUUAUCUGAUUGAAUCUUUAUUUUGGAAACAAAACAAAAAAAUAACAGGGAUCUCAAUAAUCUUUUAGGAGCAGCAAUGUCUGCAACAGUUGCCUAUAAUUUCAUACUGAUUUGUGGCACAGAAAAAAAAAAGGUUUAAGAUUUGUUGGUGCUAAUCAUGCUAGCCACCAACACUGAGGUGAAUAGUGGUUUUUGUCUGUGUGAUGGAAGCAUUAGCCAUCAAAAUUGUAAUUCUCAUUGUGGUACACCAUGUGAAAAUUUGAAUCAUUUCUAAAUACAAUUCAGGAAAGAUUUCCAUUUGCUAGGUGACAUGAUCAGCUGUUUUACACUGCAGCAACAAGCUCUGGGUCUCUGCUCUUGUAAUGGCAGAUUAUACUUUGACAAGAUCUUGCCGGUUUUAAAUGUCGCUAACAUUUUUAAUCAUUUUAGACACAAGAACGAAAGCAGAAGUUUGUUGAGGCUUUCAGGGAUUUUUCAUUAAAUCAUGGCUGUAUGAAAGACUUUCCACUUAAGGUAUGUAUAUAACCCUUGAUAAAAAUUUCAAUCUCAGUAUUGUGUAAAGAAACAAACCUUAAUGAACAUUUUUGAUGUCACUUUUAUGAUCAAUUAGGUUAUAGAAAAUAGGAAAUUGUGGUUGAUUUGUCAACCUGAUAUCAGUAGCAUAAAAUUAUUUAAGAUCUACUCCUUUCUUUAAGAAUUGGUAUAUAUGGGAGGAACAUAUAUUUAUAUAUAUAUAUAUAUAUAGAUAUAUUGAGAUAGGGGAAAAGUGAAGGGACCAUAAUUUCAUCCCUACAAGCCUUUUUUGUGAUUACUAACUCAUCAGGGGAUUUUGAAGUCCCAUGGUGAGUCAGUAAUCAUGAAACAGGCUUGUAGGGAUGAAAGUAUUGUCUCUUUAUUUUUCCCUAUCUCAACAUAUAUUGUGCUCUACUUCUAUGAAUCAAGCACUGCACUAUGGAAAAAUCAAAACACAGACUUCCCAUAUAUAUAUGACUAAUUGAAACUUCUGAGCUUUUGAACUAAAUAUCCUCCAUUGAUGAUGCAAUAUUGAGGCAAAGGACCAAAUUAUUUAUAAUGAAAUUCUCAAAAGGAAAGUAUAUUUUUCAUCUUAGAAAGCUAAUUUUUUAUUUUUAAUUGUUUUUUGCUCUCUCUUGACAGAAUGAACAUAGCUUUAUAGUUGAUGUCAUAGAAAAUAUUUCCAAAAGUUUUGUUGAAGGUAAUAUUCAGUUUUGCUAUUUAAAGCAGUAGGUUAAGAAGCUAAAGUAGGCACCCUAAGACAACAAACAUUUUCAAGACCACAGUUUUAGUAACAUUUUAAGUAACUGGAUUGUGAUACAAAAUGGGUGGCUAUUUCUCUGAAUUUCAUGCUUCAGUACUGAAAAUUGUGACAUAAGCAUUUGGAAAAGCUGGCAUGUUUUUUGGUGGGUGGUGAAAUGUAGCGGCUGCUGGCAUAUUUUGACAACCUUGUAGGACUGUAUUUGUUUUGUUUUUGCUUAAUUUGAGUGUCAAUGAAAUAAUUGACUGGAAGCUGUAUCAUAGUUUUAAUAGGUGCUGACUGAAAAAACAGACUAACAUUAAGAAUGCAAAUUAAAAUGUAGAGCACAAAGAACACAGGAAAACUAGAAAUAAUGUUCUUCUGGUUCAUUUUCCUUUGCUGUUUUUGAGCCCCAUUAGCAGUAUAUACAAUUUGUUAAGUCCUUUCUGCUCAUAAACUUUUUCUGAGGUUUAAAAGUGCACUUUUCUGUGUUGUCACAGGUAAGGCAAGCAAAGGUAAAUAUUUGGUCACAGAUGCUGUUUGUCUGCUUCAAAACAGGGGCAUGAUUCAGAACCUGGGUGGUAGUUCCUCAUGUGGUAGGUAGACACCUUUAAUUAUUUAAACCUGAAAUUGUUUUUGUUGUACCUGUGAACCCAAAACAGUUCUGCCCUUGAUAUUAGUAUGAUCUUGCAGUGUUUGAUUUCCUUUACUGAUUUGUUUGUAUUUUGGGGAACAUCAAUCUUCAGCACAUGAUUACAUUUUGGUGAACUUUGUAACUCUUAUUUACUCUACAUUCUAUGCUUUACCAUGAAUUAUAAUACAUGAACCAGUUUGGGCUUUUAGUCAUCAUCUUCUCACUUGCUCUUUAACUGUUGUAUUAAUACAUUUGUCUCAACAGUGUGUUGGGAACUCCAUUAUUUCCUUCUUAUCACAAGCUCUGAACCCUUUCACUCCCAAGAUCUCAAUAGUAAUUCUCCUUACUCUCUUCCAUACAAUUCUUAUGAUGUCAGUUCUGUGAAUUUGGCAUUGGUUCAAAUAACAAUAGUUGAUAUUUUUCUUUAUUCUCAUCACUUUUCUGCUUGAUGUUGUUUUUGAAAUUGUAAGGAGAAAUUCUGUCUUAGUCACCCAUGUGAGUUGAAGGGUUAAAAUUGCUGGGUAUUUUGAUACCUUACCAAAGAUGUGUAGUAUUGCAUGUUCUAGUAACUCUGCAGUCUAAAACAUAUGUUAAACAUUUGAUUUUUAUAUCCUCAGCCAAAGAUCCCUUUGUUCACAAAGAUACAAGGUAUGUUGUGUAAAGUGACAGUAGCCUGGGAUUGAUGAAUCUAUCACAGCUCUUAGAAAUUUACAUCAUUUAUCCUUGAUGUAACGAAAUUGUUGAAUAACUGUGAGGUUGAUUCUUUCUUUGUUUUUAGAGAUGUGUUUCGAAGGCUCUUUGGAGAACCAGACCAAGAGUCCCGAUUAAAGGUUAUUAUCUUUAGUUUCACCAUACAUUUAUACAGACGGAACAUAUAUAUAUAUAUGAAAUAAUUUUGCAUUAUUUUUCUUCCUUGCUUUUAAAAAUUCUAUUGAAGUUAAUCAACAGAAGAAUGUGGACUUGAUGUUUAUAGGCUGUGGUGGUAUAUUCUCUGUACGUAAAGUUCGGUGGAUCAGUUUGUCGCUAUUUAAGGCGUUGGCUAGAAGCAGGGAAACUCGAUGAGCUUGGUGUCACGUCCUUGUCACAGGUGCCUGUCAGCAACUCUGAAUCAACCCAAAGCGUAAGCACUAAAGAGGACAAUACCACAAAAGCUUCGUCCACUGAAGUCGUCAAACCAAGCGGAGGUCCGAUGGUGGCAGUGGCUACUAUAGGUCGGAAUGGAGGAGCGUCAGACAGCUCUGAGGAGGAGGAGGAGGAGGAGGAGGAGGAAGAUAGCUGGGAGGCCAAAGUCAUAAGAGGUAUAACGUCAGUGCUAACGGACAGGGGGGGAGCCUCUGCUAUUGAUUUCAUGGAAGUGUAUAAACGGGACAAAGACGGCUCCUACAGGAGGCUGAGAGAACAGUUUCACCUUGGAAAGCCUCACCCGAACGUCGAAUUUGAAGAAAGGUGUAGGAAGAAAGAGGAAGAAGUGAUUGAAGGUAGUCGGCUACGUGAGGUGAUUAUGAAGGACUAUGCUGAGAGCUGUACUAAGAAGAAACACGCCUGUGCUAACUGUAGGCAAGUUGAGAGAUACGCGGGAACGUUUAAGAAGUGUCAGAGGUAAGGGUACCUUUUGUAUCUGAACAAUGGCUUCAUAAUGGUGGAAUGCUUCCAAAGCGUACAUAUUCAUGGACGAAGCAGGCGAACUCAGUCUCACCCAGAGCGCAAGUUCUGUGUGAUGGUUUGUUUCGUUUUGUUUUUUUGUUCUUUUUUUCAGUUUUGCGGACUGAGGUGGUAAUCCACGAUUCUCAAUUUUCGGCGAAAAAAAAUCUCGUAAACUUUGCUACCGUUAGUAGAAAAAAAAAAAGUUGUUUUAUGACAUCUGCUUCCAAAUGAGUUGUGAAUUUGUAUUGUUCGUUGUCAACUCCAAAUAACUUGACAUGUAAGGAAUUGGAAAAUGACGUUUCCUUCCCAACUUUUUCUUGCUUAGAUAGAAAAGCGAACGAAGUUAUAUUCUUGGAAGAAAUGUUACCCGUCUGAAACUGCAAGAAUUUGUUCCCGCCACGCCGAAAACAAAUUGUCAAUUCGCGAGAAAAAACUCUUUCUGGAUUCUCAUUUUACAUGAUGUUUGUUUUUCUCUGGGAAACCUACUAGUCUCGAUCGUUUAUUCUUUUACAUAUUCUUAUAGGUGCAGUGGAAAGGGUACAAGAUUUUACUGCAGUCGUAAAUGCCAAGGUGAGACAAAGUGGCGUGAAUUUUGACAACUGUUGAUGAGUUUCAAUAUUUUACACGAGUGAACUCAAACAAGUGGCUUGAAAUGGGGCCUAACACUUGAUCAACAGGUCACCCAGCGGGAAAACUUAAAGUACACAGGAGAGUGGAGGUUUAGGAUUGAAACAAUAAACUUUGUCUUUAGAUGAGUAUUGACUGCUCUAUUCUAUUACUAGGUGAAGACUGGGUUUCAAGGCAUCGACAGGACCACUCUACAAUGGAUUUACCAUCAUAAAAUUGUUAAGUUUCUGGCCUAUUUCUCUCCACUAUGGUAAUCAAAUACGAUUCUCAUAGUUUACUGAAACGAUCACUGGAGAAGUUCUCAAUAGUUACCUUUGUAAAGUUUUGGUAAGUAAGAAGUAAAACUUAGAUACUGUGUAGCCAUCCAGCUAAGAGAUAACCAACGUGUGAACGUCAAAAAAAGAAAUUAUGCCAAACAAUUUUUUAUGUGCUAGACUGCUCUUAGGUUCAUUGUACUGAUUUUUGUUGACUGUUAUGAAUACAAGUACAUGGAGUCUCCUUUGCAGCCGUUCUUUUGUCUCGUUACGCAACGCCUCUUUCCCCACUAGAGAGAGAUAGGGCGUUGCGUGACGAGACCAAACAACGGCUGCGGAAAUAUGACACAAGGUGAUCCUAUCGAACGUAAAAUGUGGAUAACAAUUUACCACACUGCCGUCUUGAACUGUAUGUAUAAGGUCAAUUCUAUAUCUAUGUGGUAAUAAGAUAACUCCCAUAAUAAAGGUGCAACUUGUGAGGUUGAUGUUUAGUUCCUGUGGACGAUGUUUUGAAGUACGCAUGGUGACAAAACCUCCUAAGUACUGCACAACAAGACAAACAAGAUUUCAAACCUUUAUUCUCGUACUUACCACCGGCAUCCGGUUAGAUCGCACCAUGGUUAGAUCGCUCCACUCGGAAGUUAGAUCGCUCCAUCAAAUAAGUUACUUCGUUACCAACAUAAGUUCGCUCCAUGCUAUAAAGUAAAGUAUUACAUACCAAUGAUCUUUAAAGUUUAAAGGUGAUGAUGUGUCUCGCGACGAUUCGUGUAUCGUAUUCACUCUGUCCUUCAGAUUAGUUACCGAUGUAUGAUGUAUAGCGAUGAUGGAAUAAAUGAUCGUGGAAUAAAUGAUAACGUUAUCGUCUGAUUAUUAGAAUUCAAAUACCAAUACUAUCCAGUGUGGCCUUUUUUUCUGUUUGAUGUGAGGAAACUGAUAUCCGCCAUCUUAAAUAAAUAAAGUAGAUUACACUUCGUGAGUCCCUUUCAUAAGGCUUUAUUUGUUCUUUCUGCGUAGCUCGGAUCUAUUUCAAGCGCGCGCGAGCGAUAAUCUAUCGUUCGGUAAGAUAUGCACGUCAUUUAAUGAACUAUCAAUUUAGACACGUUAGCUUUGCUAUCUUUACCUUAGUUUUCUACACGGAGCGAAGUAACUUAUGUAGGGAGUGAAGUAACUUAUUUGAUGGAGCGAUCUAACUUUCGAGUGGAGCGAUCUAACUUUUGGUUGAAGCGAUCUAACUGGGAACGAUGUAACCGUGGUGCGAUCUAACCGUGGUGCGAUCUAACCGUAAUUCUUCCACCAAAUAAUUAUAAUGACCCUAUAAUAAGUUAAAUUGGAUUGCUGCGUGAGGGAUUUGAGGCCAAAAGCGUUUACUGCUAUUAUAUCCGUGUUACCUCAGUGAGCAUAUAUGUAAGGGAACCCAAAAGGUCCAUGAAUGUUGCCGAACAAUUUUAGAACCUUGAGCUGUUGGUCUGAAAGGGAGUUAAAGCCACUGGAGGUAAUUUUGUGUAAUAGCUGAAUUGCUAUUUCCUCAGUGCGCUCAAAUUGAUAAAGCAGCCGGCUUUUGUUGUCAAAACGACAGCCGCUUGUACGACCGACAGAACAAGGAUGAUUUCUAAGCAUUCAUCACUGCCCUGACGGAAAUUAGUUACUUGAGGGGAAAAAAAGAUGUUACAGAAAGUUUUGUUGUUCAUGGUGGUGUUAAAGACGAAUGAACGGUUAAACGUUUGUCUCGCGAUGUAAGAGUAGUCAGUCUAAUCAAUCGUGUAUUGAUCGCGAUGUUUCGAAAGUCAUACUGGAUAUACUGCUAGUUUUCGCCGAAGGCGAAAUGAAUAUUAUUGAAUAAUCCUCGAGACGAAGUGGAGGUGAUUAUUCAACAAUAUAUAUACUGAUUCUGAGGCGAGUAAUUGUUUUAGUAUAAUUGCUCAGGUGCUAUCGAGUUGUGUUGUAGAUUCAUUCUGAUGUUGACACCAUUCCGU